AUGGAGAGUGAAAUGGACAUCGACCCGCCCGCGGAGACGAGCACCGCCGCAAAGGUGACGGUGAAGAAGGAGCGUCCGGCAGCUAGGAAGAUUGACCCGAAUGCGAAGAAGCUGGAAGUAAAGAAGUGGAAUGCGGUGGCAUUGUGGACUUGGGACAUCGUUGUCGACAACUGCGCCAUUUGCAAGUCGCAUGUGAUGGACCUGUGCCUGGAGUGUCUGGCGAACCAAAACACCGAGGACUGCACCGUCGCAUGGGGCAUGUGUAACCACGCCUUCCACUUCCACUGUAUCUCUCACUGGCUCAAGUCGCAUCAUACGUGUCCUCUUGACAACACGCAAUGGGAACUGCAAAAGUACGGUCGAUGA